CAAUUCUUAUAUCUUCAUCAAAAGACCAUCAUUGCAGGUCCUUGAUUUUACAAUAAAUAUGUCGAAGAGUCUUGUCGAUUCUACUACAGAUGAUCUGCAGAAGAAUAAGAAGAUGUUCCUAGAUAUAUUGGACAGAUCAACCUAUGCACUCGAAUAUGAUCGUUUGAGUUCCACUCUCCACUCUAGCAGUGUGACAAGCAGCUAUGGCUAUGAGUUUCAGGGAAGAAAUCGUAAUGGUGAAGGUGAGCUCUCCUCACCGCAAAUGAACCAUCUGCAUAGUAUAAUAAAGAGGCUAAGCAUCACAGGAUGUCACGAGGCCUGCAUCGAGGCCUACAGAAAUUCAAGGAAGUCAGUGGUGGAUGCAAGGUGUAGGAGGUUUUGCACUGUAAAGAGAACCACUGAUGAUUUACAGAGAUUUGAAUGCGAAGAAUUUGCCACAGAGAUCAGAAUUUGGAUAGAUACUGCUAAUAUUUGUUAUAACAAUAUCUUCCCCGAGGAGAGGAAUUAUUAUGAGCAGAUCUUUUAUGGCGUGGGAUCUGUCACAGAUGACAACUGUUUCCUGGCUAUAAUCAAGCCUGUGGCAAUCCAGUUGAACAACUUUGCAGAUGCAGCAAGCUACAUUUCAUCAUUUCAAAAAUUGUUCGCUGUUUUGGAUCUGUACAAGGCUCUGUUCAGUAUCUUGCCUAAGAUUCAAGGCACGUUUAAUUCUGCAUCAUGCAGAAUUAUAUCAGAAGCGGCACUAAAAACUAUUGAUAGCCUUGCAAAUCAAGUAAGAAAAUUGUUUUGCAGCUUUGAGGAUACGGUGUUUAAUGAGCAAUCAAAAACUUUACCUGCAGAGGGCACAAUUCAUUCUAUGACAACGUAUGCAAUGAAAUUUGUUACUAGCAUUUCAGUGUACAAGGAAGUGCUAACAAAUGUAAUUGUAUCUCGGCCCACAAAAAGCUUGGGAACUCAGGCGUAUGAUCAGUUUUUGGAAGCUUCAAGGGGAACCCCGUUAGAACUCCACGUGAUUUGGAUCAUAAUAAGCUUGAAAAUAAAUUUGGAGGGCAAAUCUAGUCUUUAUGGAGACUCGUCAUUGCGCCAGGUAUUUAUUAUGAACAAUGUUAACCGCAUAUUUAAGACUAUUACAGGGUCUCCAGAACUGCUAAAAAUGAUUCAGGAGGAGUAUCUAUCCGAGCUGAGCAAAGAGGUCGUGCAGGCAGCGGAGGACUAUUCUACAUCAGUUUCAAACAAGUUUCUGUAUUGUUUGAGAGACGAUGGAUUAAACUUCAAGUAUUCAUUUAGUAACUGGAUAGUAAAGAACUCUGUGAAGAAAAGGAUCAAGGCUUUCAACACUACAUUCGAAGAGGCUUCUCGGAUUCAAUCAAGAAUGCCUGUGUUGGAUGUAGACAUACCCUUUCAUCUUCAUGAGCUCAUUCUGAGUAAGUUGCUUCCGGCUUAUAAGCUGUUUCUCCAAAAAUAUGGGAGCCUUUUACAGAGUGAAAGGAACAAGGACAGAUACAUUAAGUACACAUUGGAGGACCUUGAGCAUACAGUAAAAACUUAUUUUCAGCAUGCUCCUGAGUGCUGACUAUCCACUGUGUUGGAAUAUAAUAUGAUCCUGGUAAGCCCUCCUCUCAACACCUUGAGAUAUUGGGAGAAUUGGUCACUUAACAUGGUAUGAGAGCUCAGGCUCACGGGAGACUCGGGAAGAAUAAGAAUCACUGUUCUUACACGAACACAAAAUAUUUCCAACUAACAAAGUUAUUGUGGGGCUGAUUCUGUUUAAUAAAAGAAAUUGACCAAGGUUUGUAAAGUUAAAAAAUCGAGAAUUAAAACAUUGAUGAAUCAAAAUGUGGUUUUUUCAAUGGACAUAUGUAAAGAUGCUAAUAAUUCUGAUUUCUACUUGAACUACUGUGUCCGUUACCUUGCUUGAAAUUCAGAACAUGUUCAAAUGUGCAACAUGGGGCUACUGAGACUGUGUCCCCAAGUAAAUAUAAUUUAGUGGUGCUAGGGAAGAGCAUGGUUCAGUUCGGCUAUGUUUUGGGAUAUGUUGCCUAGAUGCUAUAGCUCAGAAUGUUGCAAGGGACUGUGAUUCCGCAUUUGUCUUAUGUUUUUCUUCGGAUUAAGCCUUUUGUACGGCAGAUGUUUUAGGUAUUUAAAGAGAAACAAAUUCAGUUGGUCCAUCAUCAUGGCUGAAUUCUGCAUCUACCUCAGAACUGCAGUCUUCGAUCAUAUAUGUAACGAUUAAUAAAAGAAUAAUGACUCUGGUUUCACCAAAUCAAUUCAAAAGUAGUGCAUUG